AUGUUACCUAGAGUCGCCUUUACGCCAGCGGCGCUCUUCACAUUCGUGGCGGCCCAUAGUCGCAUCACGAAUUUCGUUAUCGAUGGCGCCUCGUACAAUGGUUACAACGCCAAAGUUCCCAACAAUCCCAAACUUCUGGCGGCAUGGAGCACAACAGUGAAUGAUGAUGGUUGGGUCAGCACCGAGAGCUAUGGCGGACCCAACAUCCUGUGCCACCGGAACGCAACCAACCCUGCAGGCCAUGCACCGGUAGCAGCGGGCGACACGAUUGCCUUCCAGUGGCAAGGCUGGCCAGAAUCUCACCACGGUCCUGUGGUGACACAUCUCGCAUACUGCGGUUCUGAGAGAGGAUCUUGUGAAGCAGUGGAAAAGACGACAUUGAGCUUCUUCGCCAUCGACAAGGUUGGGCUGAUCGACCCUAAUAAGAACGCUACCGAAUUCGCAACCGCCAGAGGGAUCUGGGCAAGCGACGUCCUCAUACAGAACAACGCUAGCUGGGUGGUUCAGAUCCCACCCAAGAUAGCGCCAGGAUAUUACGUUCUCCGCCACGAGAUUGUGGCACUGCAUUUCGCGAGGUAUCCUGGUCAGGGAGCUCAGCAUUAUCCGCAGUGUAUUAAUAUCCAAGUGACCGGCGGAGGAGGAGAUCGGCCGACCGGAACGCUAGGCACAAGACUCUACCAGCCAGCGGAGGAAGGAUUGGUGUACGACAUCUCACAGAGCCCGCUUCCUCCGUACAAGAUCCCCGGGCCGACGGUAUACACCGGAGCAAAGACCUUUGCUGCUCAGACGGGAGCGCAAGUAUUAUCUUCGGCCACUGCGAUACCAGGAAUUCCGGGGAACGACACGAGAAGUAUGACUGGAAGUAUCCAAGAGAGUAUUUAA